AUGGUGGGAUACCUAGCCGCCUUGCCAAUCAUCUACAUUUUCAUCUACUGGCCCCUCCAGCAGACGCUAUAUGGCACGGCGCCGCCGACGCAUGAUUCGUGGGCGCGCUUCUUGAAUUCCACGUUGAUAACAACCGACGAACCGCUCUCAUGCCCAACAGUGCAAUACACUACGCAUAUCCUCAGCCACGAACCACUUGUCAUCUAUAUUGAGAAAUUUCUUGCGCCGCCCGAGACAGCUCAUUUGCUAGAAGUCAGGUUGGUCACCAAAGUCUCUCUUGCUAAAGCAAAUUACGAACCUGCUACAGUAGCCAACGGCCCCGAAAUUUCCGUCCAGACACAGAUUCGGGCCUCAGAAGUUGCCCUUCUCGAUCGGGAUGAGACGGUGAGGUGUCUAGAGCACCGAGCCCGAGCGUUUCAGGGCUGGCGGUCGGACGUCUUCAUCGAACGACUGCGAACACAGCGAUACGGGCACGGCGGGCACUACGUGCAUCAUUAUGAUUGGAGUGGUACCUAUCAUGAGGCAGACCGUCUGAGCACUUUUAUGGUCUAUGUCGACGCGCAGUGUGAGGGCGGCGGAACUGAGUUUCCGCGACUUUUAAUGCCUGCCGAGAAGGGUCGCUGGUGUGAAUUCAUAGAAUGCCAUGGAGGCGAACGAGGUGUUACUUUUAAACCUAUUCGGGGGAAUGCCAUCUUUUGGGUCAAUCUGAGAUCCGACGGGUCGGGCUACGAAGAGACCUGGCAUAGUGGCUUGCCCGUCACAUCAGGUUCUAAAGUCGGUCUCAAUAUCUGGAGCUGGGCACUGCCUAGAGACUCGAACUAUGGUAGGAUGUAG